AUGACCGAGAGAAUUAAACUUCUUAUUCAGAAGCGAACUUCUUUAAAAUCACAAAUUACUAAUUUAACAAAUUUAACCGAGAAGGAUCAACAUGGCCAUUACGAUAAGACCGCAUUAGAAUUGCGCAUGUCACGCGUAACUCAGCUUUACCAUGCAUAUGAGGAUUACAACGACGAGUUGCUAAUAUUAGAUCCGAACGAAAAUCAUAAAGUCGAAUUCACAAAUGUACAGGAUAGAUUUUAUUCACUCGCAGCCAGAAUCGGAGCUAUAACGAAUCCCAUAGAGUCCGUCGCGAGCACUAACGUGGCGAAUGGUACACCUUCCCCCGUUGACCAGGUACCCACGGUUAUGAAACGCAAAAUAAAGCUGUCUGAAGUAUCGUUGCCUGCUUUCGACGGGCGAUAUGAGAAUUGGUUGUCGUUCAGGAAUGCCUUUAUUGCCAUGAUAGAUACGCGCGCGGAUUUAUCGGAUAUCGAAAAAUUACAGUAUUUACAAUCAGCAUUAACCGGCGAGGCGGCUAACAAAAUUAAAAUAUUAACGAUCGAAAACGCGAAUUAUUCCAAGGCUUGGGAACUAUUGAAACGCGCGUACCAGGUAAAUCGUAUCUUGAUCUCACGUCACCUCUCAUUGUUGAGAAAUCUACCAAUAUUAGAAAAGGAAACUACUGAGGGAUUAUCUAAGUUCACCGACGACGCACAGCAGCACGUCGCUUCCUUGAACGCUUUGGGAGUCGACGUGGGAUCUGAGAUACUCGUUAACAUAAUCGAGAGCAAAUUACCUAAAAAUACAGCCGAAAAGUGGGAGGAAACGCUCGGACGCGACGAGUUUCCGAAGAUCGACGAGCUGUACGAGUUUUUAUGUCGGACUGCGGUUCACGUAUCUAAGCGUGUUCGCUCAGAAACUGUUAGACUCGAUGACAAGAAUCCAUCCUCAGCAAAAAAACCGCGCAUAACUAACAAGGCCUUCAUAAGUAAUGCAGUGAAUAGUUGCAUAGCAUGUAAAAACAAGCAACAUCCUUUAUAUAAGUGUGAGAAAUUUAAACAAUUGGAUGCUUCCAAGCGUAUUGAACUCGUAAGGAACGCCAGGCUUUGCUAUAACUGCAUGCGUUCGCAUAGGGGCAAGCCUUGCAAUUACGCGAAUUGCACGAUUUGUCAGAAACGUCACAACACGCUUUUACACCUCGACAAAUAUUCGUCCGCCGCGAUGGGAGUCAACACGGCGGAUUAA